GCCCAGGCAAGAAAGAAAACCCAUUUUUCUCAUCACCUUCAGUUCGACUCUGCAAACGCUACUAGUGACCCAAAAAUGGCUUCUUCACCUCCCUUUCUGUUUCUGACUGCGGUCCUAGUGUUGUCCAUUACUCUGCAGCAUGCGGCUUCUGCAGAAGGAGAUCAUGAAGCUGAAGUUGGGAUGGCGGAGAGAAGCAAAGGCAACUAUGUUCACUUCAACCCCAACAACCGACGCCUCCUCUUCCCGUCCUUGGAUUGCGGGGGGAAGUGCAACGCGAGGUGCAGCGCGCAUUCGAGGCCGAAUGUGUGCGUGAGGGCCUGCAACACAUGCUGCUACAGGUGCAACUGCGUUCCACCGGGCACUUCCGGCAACAGAGAGCUCUGCGGCCGAUGCUACACCGAUAUGAUCACCCAUGGCAACAAGCCCAAGUGCCCUUAACUUUACUCUUGCCUCCUUCCAUCAUUUGCCUUUUCACCAUCUCUGUUGUAGGGUACCCUCCAGUCUCAAACUGCGCGCCCAGUAAAGCCUUGGAGCUGAGGGUUCUGGAGCUUUCUUUUAGGGUGUGUGGAGUACUAUCUACUAGUAGCUAGCUGCAAACAAAUAGGUUGUGAGGUUUUGCUUCUCCUGAAUUGUUCACCCUCCUCCAGUCUGUGUUAGAGUUGGGAGACAUGGGCUGAUUUCCUAUGGGUUUGUUUUCUGUGUUAAAUGGUGUGUGCAUGUACUUUGACCUUGUUCUGUUCAUAAUAAAACCAGA